UCUGAGUGCGAGUGAGAAAAGAAGAACCUGAGACUGAGCGAGUAAGAAAAAGGGCGAGCCUACUCCAUUAAAUUAUUAAUCCAUUUUCGUCGUCAAUGAGUGUUGGAUAUAUCAUAUUCGGCUUCGACCUUCGAGAGAGUCGUUCUGACACAAAUCACAACCCAACAACCCAACACUAUCAUAUUUCCCAUUUCAUCCUCGGCCACAACCAGAGCCAGUUAAGUGACAGUCUUCUUCCCCUUCCCUAUCGGAAAUCAAUUUCUUUCUGUGUCUGUGUCUGUGUCUGUGUCUGUGAAAGUCAUACAUACAGGUUGGAGUGAGGGGUCAGUCUCUGCUUCUUCAAUGGAGCUCGUCCCUUAUUCCAACCCCAGCAAGUCCAAAGCCGACUCCUCCAGUCUCCCAUGGCAAGACAUGUUCCGAUCUGCUUCCGUCCGCAAACCCGAUCCCGAUCCCAUCCCUCAAAAGCAGCCCCCUCCGCCGCCGGAAAACCCCCCUCCAUCGUCACAAUUGUCUAAUGGACAAGCCGUUGGAUCUUCUCAGGAUUCCCUGUCUGGUGAUCCCCAGGUGCGUCUCGCACUCUACAUCGCCAUGGCUCACGCUGGCCUGGCUUUCGCCAUCUUUUUACUCUACGGCCUCUGCAAAUUGCUCGAGGAAUAUCUUCGGCCCAUUCAAUGGGCGGUCCUCCUUUCCGUUCCUCUGAGAGGAAUUCAAGACGCCCUCGUCGGGUUUUGGUCCGAGCCGUUGAAAUUGGGGCUCACGGAGACCGUUUUAGCUGUUCCAGUGGCGGUUUUUGGGGUUUUCGUGGGUACCCUUAUUGACAUACGGAGUGCCUGUGUGCGCUUCGUUCUCCGCCGGAAGAAACCGGACGUUGCAAGGCAGCGGAGGCAUGGGUUUUCAAGGUUGAUUCGGUGGCUUGUUUCGUUUGGGGUCUUCGUGAUCGCGUAUGAGCAAUUGGGUGCUUUUGGGUCUCUUGCGCUUCUUGGAUUGGGGUUCACGUUCAGGUCUCGUAGUGUUGAUUCCACAAUGUCUGCGGUUUCCUCCCUGAGGAGCAGCAGCUUUCGUCGGAGUAGAAUUAGUGGGUUCCUGACGAGAGGGAUUCUGAAAAGAUUGCAAACCAUUGUGGCGAUUGGGUUGAUUGUUGGGAUGAUUGUGGGCUCUCUGGCUGGCGGCAUCUUCUUCUGUUAUAAAGUUGGAAUUGAGGGGAAGGAUGCUGUGAUUUCGCUGAAAUCACAUGUAGAGCAGAGUAAUUAUGCAGAGAGAAUUGGCAUCAAGAAAUGGAUGGAUGAGAAUGAUGUUCCAGGGAUGAUGGAUAGGUACACUGCCAAGUUCUACGAAGCCAUGUCUCAACAGAUUGAUACUUUGGCUGUGCAGUAUAAUAUGACAGAGUUGGUAUCUGGGAUUAAACACUUCGUUGUAACACCGCCGGUUGGUCCUUUGGAGUCUUCAACGGCUUUGAUGAACCCAUCUCCUUAUACUGAAAAACUUAUCAAUCUUAGAAAAUGUGUUAGCAAAAGGGAAUGGGGUCAGAUUUAUUCAGAACUUGAUGCUAUUUUCAGAGAAUUGGUGAUUACCAGGGAGGAUUUGUUUGAGAAGGCGAAAGGUUUUGCUAUUCAAGGGAUUGGCGUGUAUAAACGUGUCCUUGAUAGUAGUAAAUCCCUUGUGGGCGGGAGUGCAAGCCUCAUGUUCUCUGUUGGUCAAUCUAUCAUCUCUGGGGCAGCAGGUCUUCUGAACUUCAUCUCUCAGUCCAUGGUUUUCUUUUGGGUACUAUAUUAUCUCAUCACGUCAGAGUCUGGUGGGGUUACAGAGCAAGUGAUGGCCAUGAUUCCAGUCUCAAAACCAACCAGGAUCCGAUGUGUGGAAGUCCUUAAUCGUGCCAUUUCAGGUGUUCUUUUAGCAACAGCAGAGAUAGCUUUCUUUCAGGGAUGCCUAACAUGGCUUUUGUUUAGGUUCUACUCCAUACAUUUUGUUUACAUGUCAACUGUCCUUGCGUUCAUUAGUUCUCUGUUGCCAAUAUUGCCACCUUGGCUUUCAACGAUUCCAGCAGCUGUCCAAUUGAUAAUGGAAGGAAGGUACUUAUUGGCUAUUAAUUUGUGCACAAUUCAUCUUGCCCUCAUGGAUUAUGGAACAUCCGAAAUACAAGAGGAUAUACCUGGCCAUAGUGCGUACCUUACUGGCCUCAGUAUCAUUGGUGGAAUGGCAUUGUUCCCAUCUGCAUUAGAGGGAGCAAUAAUGGGCCCACUGAUAACAACAGUUGUAAUUGCUUUGAAGGAUUUGUAUGCAGAGUUCGUUCUAGCUGAACCAAAGGAAAGUGCUGAAUAGCCAUCCUGGAUGAGAUGGUAUUGGUGCCCAUUCCUAGCGUGCCUCUUUGUAUUGAUGUGAAGAAGAUUAAGAGUUAAGACUAUUGGUUUUUGUGUGAGCUGAUACAGAAUCAGCAGUUUCAGUGAGGGUAGUUUCUUUGUGAAGAUUUUCUGGUCGCCCUUUUCUGUACCUCUCUGGUGUAUUUAUUCAUUUUUUGUCAAUUAUAGUAAUCUGUUUUAGAUCACUCAUCAGCAUGUUUUUUCCCUGUUAAUGAUGGGUCAUAUCUAUAGAUACUCUAUCUUAUUGUUAAUUGUAAUUGAUCUUGUUUUUCUUUAGAUAGGAACUGUAUAUUUUUCCUUGAAUUAAUUUAUGUAAGCAUCUAAAUGGUCUCAUGUUUGGUGGAAAUUGUAACAAGUGACAGCAUGUUGAAAUAAAGAUGGUGAUAUUUUUGUGAGUUUGUUCCA